AUGGACACCUUCCUUCCCUCAGUUCCUUCCCUCAGUUCCCUCCCUCAGUACCUUCCCUCAGUUCCAUCCCUCAGUUCCUUCCCUCAGUUCCUUCCUUCAGUUCCCUCCCUCAGUUCCCUCCCUCAGUUCCUUCCCUCAGUUCCUUCCCUCAGUUCCUUCCCUCAGUUCCUUCCCUCAGUUCCUUCCCUCAGUUCCUUCCCUCAGUUCCUUCCCUCAGUUCCUUCCCUCAGUUCCUUCCCUCAGUUCCCUCCCUCAGUUCCUUCCCUCAGUUCCUUCCUUCAGUUCCCUCCCUCAGUUCCCUCCCUCAGUUCCUUCCCUCAGUUCCUUCCCUCAGUUCACUCCCUCAGUUCCCUCCCUCAGUUCCUUCCCUCAGUUCCUUCCCUCAGUUCCUUCCCUCAGUUCCUUCCCUCAGUUCCUUCCCUCUGUUCCUUCCCUCUGUUCCUUCCCUCAGUUCCUUCCCUCAGUUCCUUCAAUCAGUUCCCUCCCUCAGUUCCUUCCCUCAGUUCCUUCCCUCAGUUCCUUCCCUCUCAGUUCCUUCCCUCAGUUCCUUCCCUCAGUUCCUUCCCUCAGUUCCUUCCCUCAGUUCCUUCCCUCAGUUCCUUCCCUCAGUUCCUUCCCUCAGUUCCCUCCCUCAGUUCCUUCCCUCAGUUCCUUCCCUCAGUUCCCUCCCUCAAUUCCCUCCCUCAGUUCCUUCCCUCAGUUCCCUCCCUCAGUUCCCUCCCUCAGUUCCUUCCCUCAGUUCCCUCCCUCAGUUCCUUCCCUCAGUUCCUUCCCUCAGUUCCUUCCCUCAGUUCCCUCCCUCAGUUCCCUCCCUCAGUUCCUUCCCUCAGUUCCUUCCCUCAGUUCCCUCCCUCAGUUCCUUCCCUCAGUUCCUUCCCUCAGUUCCCUCCCUCAGUUCCCUCCCUCAGUUCCCUCCCUCAGUUCCUUCCCUCAGUUCCCUCCCUCAGUUCCCUCCCUCAGUUCCUUCCCUCAGUUCCUUCCCUCAGUUCCUUCCCUCAGUUCCUUCCCUCAGUUCCUUCCCUCAGUUCCUUCCCUCAGUUCCUUCCCUCAGUUCCUUCCCUCAGUUCCCUCCCUCAGUUCCCUCCCUCAGUUCCUUCCCUCAGUUCCUUCCCAGUUCCCUCCCUCAGUUCCUUCCCUCAGUUCCUUCCCUCAGUUCCUUCCCUCAGUUCCUUCCCUCAGUUCCCUCCCUCAGUUCCCUCCCUCAGUUCCCUCCCUCAGUUCCUUCCCUCAGUUCCUUCCCUCAGUUCCUUCCCUCAGUUCCUUCCCUCAGUUCCUUCCCUCUCAGUUCCUUCCCUCAGUUCCUUCCCUCAGUUCCUUCCCUCAGUUCCUUCCCUCAGUUCCUUCCCUCAGUUCCUUCCCUCAGUUCCUUCCCUCAGUUCCCUCCCUCAGUUCCUUCCCUCAGUUCCCUCCCUCAGUUCCCUCCCUCAGUUCCUUCCCUCAGUUCCUUCCCUCAGUUCCUUCCCUCAGUUCCUUCCCUCAGUUCCUUCCCUCAGUUCCCUCCCUCAGUUCCCUCCCUCAGUUCCCUCCCUCAGUUCCUUCCCUCAGUUCCUUCCCUCAGUUCCCUCCCUCAGUUCCUUCCCUCAGUUCCUUCCCUCAGUUCCUUCCCUCAGUUCCUUCCCUCAGUUCCCUCCCUCAGUUCCCUCCCUCAGUUCCCUCCCUCAGUUCCUUCCCUCAGUUCCUUCCCUCAGUUCCUUCCCUCAGUUCCUUCCCUCUCAGUUCCUUCCCUCAGUUCCUUCCCUCAGUUCCUUCCCUCAGUUCCUUCCCUCAGUUCCUUCCCUCAGUUCCUUCCCUCAGUUCCUUCCCUCAGUUCCUUCCCUCAGUUCCUUCCCUCAGUUCCUUCCCUCAGUUCCUUCCCUCAGUUCCUUCCCUCAGUUCCCUCCCUCAGUUCCCUCCCUCAGUUCCUUCCCUCAGUUCCUUCCCUCAGUUCCCUCCCUCAGUUCCUUCCCUCAGUUCCUUCCCUCAGUUCCUUCCCUCAGUUCCUUCCCUCAGUUCCCUCCCUCAGUUCCCUCCCUCAGUUCCCUCCCUCAGUUCCUUCCCUCAGUUCCUUCCCUCAGUUCCUUCCCUCAGUUCCUUCCCUCAGUUCCUUCCCUCUCAGUUCCUUCCCUCAGUUCCUUCCCUCAGUUCCUUCCCUCAGUUCCUUCCCUCUCAGUUCCUUCCCUCAGUUCCUUCCCUCAGUUCCUUCCCUCAGUUCCUUCCCUCAGUUCCUUCCCUCAGUUCCUUCCCUCAGUUCCCUCCCUCAGUUCCUUCCCUCAGUUCCUUCCCUCAGUUCCUUCCCUCAGUUCCUUCUCUCAGUUCCUUCCCUCAGUUCCUUCCCUCAGUUCCUUCCCUCAGUUCCUUCCCUCUGUUCCUUCCCUCGGUUUUUUUCUCGCCCCCCUUUGUAUCCCCCCUCUGUCUCCUCUGAUUCCUCCCUCUCUUUCCUCCCUCUGUCGCCUCUCACUCUGUUUUCCUCCCUCUGUAUCCUCCCCCUAUAACCUCUCUCUCUGUUUUCCUACCUCUGUAUCCUCCCUCUUUAACCUCUCUCCCUUCCUUCCUCUGUAUCUUCCCUCUGGUACCUCUCCCUCUGGUUUCCUACUCUGUACCCUCUGUCGUCUCUCUCCGUUUCCUCCCUAA